AUGGCCGACAUACAUCGUCUGCAAAACCCUGUCGUUUCGGUUAUGCCGCGGAGCGCCGAUCUAUCGAACCAACUCGAGUCUUCUCGUCACCUCCAACUCUCAGGGUUACGAAUCAUCACUGCCCACGUAUGGGACUACCGCUCUGAUAUCAACAGCCCCAUCGACCGACUCCUGCUCGAGUGGUGGAUCUGGAAUCUCAGACAGUGCAGCGAGAUUGAGUGCAUCACCUUUUAUGUCACUCUUGGUUUUUAA